GAAGAAGAUGAGAUGAAGGAUUUAGAGAAUAUGCUGACGGAGAAAAGUUGUCGGGAAAUGCAGAAAUCGAAAACUGGAGAGGAUUUAUUGGACCUUAUUCAUCAGCCCAGUGCGAAGGAAUGUGCUGUUGCUGCAAGGUAAUCAGCAAAGUUGGAUGAGGAGCAGUAUCAUUUCCUGAUUUUCCGUCUUUCGUUCAACACAAAGAAACCCUCACUCACGCCCUUCUCCACUAAUAAACCUCGCAAUCUGAAGCGAAAAUUGAAGAAAACUACCAACAAUGGAAAGUCACUCUGACAGCACCGACGAAAUCGCUGCCGUGAAGGAGCUGCGGCAACAACACGAAACCCGUAUACAAACCCUACGCAAUCAUCAAUUGGAACUCAUUGCCUCUCUCCAAACCAAAGUUCCCGACAUCGUCUCUUCACUCAACCUCUCUCUCAAGACCAUUUCAACCUUCAGUGGCAAACCCUUUACCCCUUUACCCAACCCCCUCCCUUACGCCCCUAACCAUAACCCUAAUUUACCCGUCCCCAAGAUCAAACGUGUUUCAGAACUUUCUAGAAGUGUUAGUGAGAAGGAGAAGAUGGUGAUUGAUGAAUGUGGGGAAUCGCUGUCGGUUGUAAAGGCGAUGGUUGCUGUGUGUUUAUUAGAGAGAGUACCGUUUACUGCUAUUGAUUCAUCUGCUUUGUUGAGGAAGUUGGAGAAUGAUCAGUCACAUACGGCUGCUGAGAAGGCUGCGAUUAGGGAGCUUGGAGGGGACGCGGGGGCGAUUAUGGCAGUGGAAAUGGCAUUGAAAUCGAUGGCGGAGGAUAAUGGCUGUGUAGAAUUGGAGAAUUUUGUGGUUAGGGGGAAAUCUACGAUUAUGUUGUUGAAUAUUGAUAGGACUAGGUUAUUGGAAGAAUUUCCGGAAAGUAAGCAGAAUGAGGGAAGUGUUAGUGGAGGAAAUAGGAGUAAUCAGGAAAUGGUGAAAAGAGGGAGUGAUAAUAGAAGAUUAUUUGGAAUGGGAAGGGCAAUGACUGAAAUGUGGCAGCAUCCACAUAUGCAGGGAAUGGCUGCUAUGUUUCCCGGGAAUAUGGGCAGACCGAGAGGUAGGCAUAGAGGAACAGUAGAUAUGCUGGGGAUACCAAGAGGUGUUGGUAUUCCUCCUCCGAUGCCUAGACCGUCAAUGGGGCCAAAUGGCCAUGUAGGAGGAGGAAAUUCUAUUGCUUUGAAGCCUAGGACUGAAGAAGAUGAGAUGAAUGAUUUAGAGAAUAUGUUAAAUAAGAAAAGUUUUAGGGAAAUGCAAAAAACGAAAACUGGAGAGGAGUUGUUGGACCUUAUUUAUCGUCCCACUGCGAAGGAAUCUGCUGUCGCUGCAAAGUUCAAAAGCAAAGGUGGUUCCCAGGUGAAAGAAUAUUGUUCAGCUUUAACAAAGGAAGAUUGUCGAUGCCAAUCUCGUUCCUACAUUGCUUGUGAUAAGGUUCAUUUUCGGCGAAUAAUUGCUGCGCAUACUAAUGUCAACUUGGGUGAUUGCUCUUAUCUUGAUACUUGCCGUCAUAUGAAGACGUGCAAAUAUGUACAUUAUGAGCUUGACUCGACACCAGAUGUAUCAGCCCUGAUGAUGGGAGCAGCUACCUUGCCCCCUCCCAAGCCUUUGAAGCCUCAACAUGCUCAUUACUGUUCAGAAGUAGAGCUUGGUGAACCACAAUGGAUUAAUUGUGACAUUCGGUCAUUUAGAAUGGAUAUUUUAGGGCAGUUUGGAGUUAUAAUGGCUGAUCCACCAUGGCAUAUUCAUAUGGAAUUGCCUUAUGGGACAAUGCCUGAUGAUGAAAUGCGCACUCUAAAUGUUCCUGCACUGCAAACUGAUGGUCUUAUAUUCCUGUGGGUCACCGGACGUGCAAUGGAGCUUGGACGGGAAUGUCUAGAGCUUUGGGGUUACAAGCGUGUUGAGGAGAUCAUUUGGGUUAAGACCAAUCAACUUCAGAGAAUCAUCAGAACUGGCCGGACAGGCCAUUGGCUCAAUCACAGCAAGGAACACUGCCUAGUUGGAAUAAAGGGAAAUCCAGAGGUAAACAGGAAUAUCGAUACUGAUGUCAUCGUAGCAGAUGUUCGGGAAACAAGUCGUAAGCCAGAUGAGAUGUACUCCUUGAUUGAAAGACUUAGUCCAAGGACGAGAAAGGUGGAGCUAUUUGCACGGAUGAACAAUGUUCAUGCUGGGUGGAUGUCACUUGGAAACCAAUUAGAAGGGGUAAGAUUAGUUGAUGAGGGGCUUAGGGCGCGGUUCAAGGCUGCAUAUCCAGAUGUGGAGGUUCAGCCUGCAUCACCUCCAAGGCCAUCUGCUAUGAAAGUAGACUCAAGUUCUAGUCAAAUGAGGAAUACAUUUGCUGGAGGGGAAUUAAAGGCUGCAGAGACCCAGGUUGCCGAGGCCACUGCUCCAGAUGCAGCCUAUGCAAGUGAAGCAAAAGCAGUAAACAGUGAUAUGGAGAUUAGCUAAUAACUGUAAUUAUUUCCCAGUAGUGGUAUUAACACAUGUAAUUCAGGUAGUUUUGUCGUGCGCUAUUUCUACCUGCCUACACAAGAUUUUGCAGGUGGAUGUGGAGUGCUACGUCCAUUAAGAUUCUCAGGUGGCGGGACGAGUUGCAAUGUGCCUGCAGUUAACCUUCUAAAAGGAGCCCUACAGUAGUCUUUAAACUUGUCAGAAAUGUUUACUUGUCCUUUUGAAUUAAUGUACUAUUAAAUCUGUGCUAUAUUUUCCUCUCCCAAAAUAUUCAAGAGGAAAGUCUUGAAAUUCUCAAAUUCCCAGUGCUAUCUAUGAUUGUCAUUGGAUCGUUUCA